AUUGCAGACAACAACAACGAAACAACGGUUUGACGCUAUCCUCUUUGAAAUGGCGCUGAGGUAGUUAAAGGCGCACUUUCUGCGUGUUACUUUCCUCUUUUAGCUCUCUUCAGGUUUUAGUUUUUGUGCCAGUGCUAUUGUCUAAACACGACCUUCGUUUUUGAGCAUCAUUCAGUUCAUAAACAAAAAUGUGUUGAAGUAAAUUGCUAAAAAUUGACGUCGCAUAAUAAGGCCGCGGUAGCCCCCGAGCUUGCGUAGAGAUUACAGCCGCUUUUCAGUGUUUGGCCUAGACGCAGAGCAGCAGCGGUUUGUCAUUCAAGUGAAUCCAGUAUAUAAUAUUAUCAGGAGUUCACCAACAGCAAUUUUACAUCUGCAUUAACAUUUGUACACACACCUAAAGUCAACAUGGCAUCAGUCCCACUGUACUGCUUGUGUCGCCUUCCCUAUGAUGUGACACGCUUCAUGAUCGAAUGUGACAAUUGUCAGGACUGGUUUCAUGGAAGUUGUGUCGGAGUAGAGGAGAACAAAGCAGUUGAGAUUGACUUGUAUCACUGCCCCAACUGUCAGGUCACCCAUGGGCCAUCAGUUAUGCGCAAACGACGUGGAGCCAAUAAGCAGACAGAUGGAAGCACUAGUGUAGGAAGAGAUCCAAGUCGACCUGUUAAGACGGGGAGUCCACAGUUUGUUAGGGAGCUUCGAAGUCGUACCUUCCCAAGCGCGGAUGAAAUCUUGCUCAAGCCAUCUGGGGCGCAGCUGACAGUCGAGUUUCUGGAAGAACAUUCAUUCAGCGUUCCUGUUAUGGUGCUGAGGCGGGAUGGCUUAGGCAUGACCCUUCCUCCGUCAUCAUUCAGUGUCAGUGACAUAGAGCACUGCAUUGGUACAGAUAAAGAGAUCGACGUCAUCGAUGUGUCUCGACAAUGUGAUCUAAAGAUGCGUCUGGGAGACUUUGUUGAGUACUACAACAGCCCUAACAGGGAGAAAGUGCUUAAUGUCAUCAGCUUGGAGUUUUCUGACACCAGGCUCUCAAACUUGGUGGAGACUCCCAAGAUUGUGAGAAAACUUUCGUGGGUUGAAAAUCUCUGGCCCGAGGAGUCUGUUUUUGAGCGCCCGAAUGUGCAGAAGUACUGUCUGAUGGGAGUGAAAGAUAGCUACACAGAUUUCCACAUCGACUUUGGAGGCACUUCAGUUUGGUACCAUGUGCUGAGGGGUGAGAAAAUCUUCUACCUAAUUUCACCCACUCCAGCCAACCUGGCUCUUUUUGAGCGCUGGAAUUCCUCAUCUAACCAAAACGAGAUGUUCUUUGGAGAUCAAGUCGACAUGUGCUAUAAGUGCUCUGUCAAACAAGGAAACACAUUGUUCAUUCCAACAGGAUGGAUUCACGCAGUGCUGACUCCGGUGGACUGCCUGGCCUUCGGAGGAAACUUCUUGCACAGUCUCAACAUUGACAUGCAGCUGCGGGCUUAUGAAAUAGAGAAGAGACUAAGCACUGCAGACUUAUUCAAGUUUCCUAACUUUGAGACCGUUUGUUGGUAUGUUGGCAAACACCUUCUUGAUACGUUUAGAGGUUUGAGGGAAAACCGUAGACACCCCGCCAGCUAUCUUGUUCAUGGAGCUAAGGCCCUGAAUAAUGCCUUUCGAGGCUGGACUCGUAAAGAGGCCAUAGCAGAUCAUGAAACGGAGAUACCAGAAACCAUCAAUACUCAGACAUUAGUAAAGGAUCUGGCCAAGGAGAUUCGACUGGUUGAGGAUAUAUUCCAGCAGAACAUCGGCCGCACAGGUACUCAGUUUCCCGGUGCGCCUCUCUCUAAAGUUCCCCUAAGCGCCUCCCAGAACUCGGGACGCCCCCCUGGAAAAAAGAAAGGGCCCAAACCCAAAGAGGUGUUGGGGGCCUUGGCGUCCCCAUCAACCAAAAAGAAGAGUCAGAAGGGACUACUGAAGGCUGAAGCUGAAGAUAUCGACAUGAUUGAAAUCCACACCAAACACACACUGAAAAAAUUUCAACCUGGCAAGUCCAAACACAAGAACAAGUUGGAGCUGCCAUUGGAAGAAUUUGAAGGGAAGAUAAAUAAAAACAAAUUUAAACUUGUCCUGAGUAAUGGAAAGAUCCAAGGUAAGAACGGUGGUAGCAGUAACGGUGCGGGGAGCGCUGCGAACUUCAAACAUCUGGCCACGGAGGAAUCCAGUCUUUCUGAAUUGGAGUCUGAGGAUGAGCUGCAGAUUGAUGAGACCCCCCCUCCACGGCGAAAGCCAGCUGGGCCGAACAAGAAGAAGAAGCUAAGCGGUCUUCCCAGGAAGCUGCCUAGAGCUAAACCUUGUUCUGAUCCAAAUCGCAUCAGAGAGCCAGGAGAGGUCGACUUUGACAUUGAGGAGGACUAUACUACUGAUGAAGAGGCAUUAGCAGCCCAUGGAGUGAAGGGUGGUGCAGGAGGCAUUCUUGACCUAUUAAAGGCCAGCAAGCAAGUGGCAGGCUUAGACUCUGCAGCACUCAGUGAGGAAGCCCCAGCUUCUCCCAGCACUCGAGACGCCAUCCAGGGUAUGCUCUCCAUGGCAAAUCCCCCUUCCUCGUCCUCCUCUUCCUCCUCUUCUUCUCCUUCGUCCAUCUCUGGAGGCCUGACAGAAGGGUUAGGAGUCGUCAAAGAGAAGGGCGGCAGAACUGUGUGGUUGACGGGAGGAAACAAGAAGACUGCGAGUCCUGAAAAGAAACCUGUCAUCCAGCGACCCGGAAAGCGACCAAUCAAAAGGCCAGCCCGUCACCUGAGUGAUGAAGAAAGUCCAGAUGAACAAGAGACACUUGGAACUUGUUUUAAAGAUUCAGAUUAUGUUUACCCCUCGUUGGAGUCUGACGAAGAGGACCAUGUCAACAAGACUAAGAUGAAGAGGAAGAAAAACUGGGAUGACACACCUUGGAGCCCUAAAGCAAGAGUGAUGCCCACUCUUCCUAAACAAGAGCGACCUGCCAGGGAGGGAGCGAGAGUUGCCUCUGUAGAAACAGGCCUCGCUGCAGCAGCUGCAAAGUUAGCUCAACAGGAGCAGCAAAAGCCUGCUAAAAGGAAGUACACCAAAAAGCAGCGUCCUGCUCCUGUUGCCAGUCCUCCCCCUGUUCACAAUGAGCCCGCCCCCCCCUCCCCAACACCUGCUCCUGAGUCUGCAGCAGAUGUCAGUCCAGACAGGAGGAUGGAUUAUUACUCUGCUAGUCUAUUAGACCAUGAAUACACAGCAGGACCAGGACCUUUUGGCCCUGGAGGACCCAGGGGGACUGGAGCCAUGGCUCCUGGUGUGUUCCUCACUUCGCGGAGACCUUCAGUGUCACCCCAGAACAGCAGCUCUCAUUUUGGUGCGUCCCCUGCAAGUUUAGCCAGCCAAGGAAUUACUGGAAUUGGUCAAGGCAAACGCCCAAAGAAAGGUCUUGCAACUGCAAAACAGAGACUUGGGAAAAUUCUGAAAAUACACCGCAAUGGCAAACUUCUAUUGUGAGAAAUGUUAAUAUGUUUGAAGACAUUAAGAAUGAAGAAAAGGCCUAUGUAUGAUCUAGGUCUGAAGGAAAGAGAAUUAUAUUUUCUACUUUUGUUUCAGUUCUUUGUUGUUUUCACUUAUGAUCUAAUUCAUAGUGAUCAUAUCUUGUCUUUUACCACUUCUCUGCCAGACUGCCUUUAGCCACAUCUGCAUUAAGGCACAUCUGUCUGUGACUUUAAGGAAAUCACUUUGAAAGUGUUCUAUUUACACCUCAAGUCUGGGUUUAUUUUUCAAAAUAACGUUUGAUUUUGAUAUCUGAUCAUUUGCAAAUCAGUAUACAUUUUAUUUAGCUAAAUUAAACAGACAUUUAAGCUUCUUUAAAAUGUUUUAUUUAGGAAAAGAAAUUGCACUGUCCAUUAUACAGUUUUCUAAGGGAAAGUUUGCAUAGUGUGUGUCUCAAAACAUAGUGUACUAUUGUUUUAGCAGCCUGUUUACCCUGGUUAUUUACAAAAAAUCAUAGUUUUUAUAAUGGGUGUUAUUAGAAGAUACCAUAUCAUCAUUCCUUGACAUCAUUGUAUUUAUUAUUUACUUAUUUAUUUACCAAGGCAGAUUUUCUGUUUCCCUAGCCUGUUUUUAUGUAGCAUCUUCAUGAUCUGUACUUCGAUUACUUUACCCAGCCUUUACAAAAACAUCCCUUUCUAUGUUUUUCUACAUAAAACAUUUUUUUGUCAUUGUAAAUAUUUGUAUUAUUUGUAAUUUAUAUAGCUACUUUGAAAAAGCAGAAAACAUGAAAUGAUGAGAAUAAUUUCCUGCAUGUUGCCAUUCAGUUUGGCAGCUUUAUUGGGUCACGUGUAGAAAUGUGUUUUCUUAUUACCGAAUGUACUAGUCAUCACAGGUUGGAAGUGUAGAUUCAAAGAGGAUUGUGAGGGUGCAGGAAAUUAAUUAUUAUGUAAAUAAGUUUUUUUUUGUAGUUCAAAAACUUUUAAAUCUUUGGUAACUUGUACAUGAUACAUUGCUGUACUUAGAAGACAUGAUAGUUCUUUUUUAUAUUUGUAUUCACUAACUGUCAUACAAUGUUCAUGUUGUCUUGUUAGUGUAAUAUUGUAAGUAUGCUGGAAUAAUUGCCCUUGAUAAAUGUCAUCCAUUUAGUUUUAUAUUGUUUAUAUUAUUAAUUUUGUUUUGUUUUAGUGAAUGUUUGUCUUUAAACGUGAUGUGUUUAAUUAUACCAUUUUUAAAGAUAAAAUUUACUUUGGGCAAAUUAAUUUUUUAUGGAAUUUAUUUUCAGAUUAUCAAAAGAAGGAAGAAAUUUGAGGGCAAAAUUCUUUUGUGUUCAUUAAACGUCUGUCUACUGGAAAUUUUUUUCCUAACAUUUGGGGGUGAAAGAAAAGUAGGAUUAGGUAUUUUCUGGUAUACACAAUGGAUAUUUUGUUGUAAUAAACACACCUGUAGGCGAA